UAUUUUCAAUAGUUCAAAUUUUCUUUUCAUAGUUUUUUCCUUCAUUUUAAGAGUUUAAUGUGUUAUACACCGUGUAACCUGCAGUUAGUUAAUGGCGCAAAGUAAUCCAUACUACCAAAACUCCACACAGAGUGGGGGCUACCAGUAUGGCACCCAACCAAAUGUUGCAGGUCCCCCACCUCAAGGAUACAACAUGAAAGACCAAUACAGGGGUAGCCAGCCCCCUAUGACUGCCCCAAGUUACCCUCCUUCCACCGUGAAUGGCUAUAACAACUACCCGCAGCGAGGUUAUUCCCCUAAUACACAACCACCCCCACAACCAGGGUAUUCCCCCAACACCCAACCUCCCCCACAAAAUACAAUGAACGGACCCCCUGUGUCUGCUGGUUACUACUCCAACACCUACCCAAAGUCUGCCCCCAACCCCUCUAUGCCCCCAUACUCCCAAAGCCAAUUCACACCCCCAAAAUCAAACAGCCCCCUUCCUAAUGCACCCCAACGCAAUUCCCCCCAACCAAAUGUGUCUAAUGGACCUCAUGCACCCUCUCGGCCCCCGCCAAGCAUGGCAACAUCGUACAGCAGCGCCCCACCACCAAAUGUCCACCAAAAUCCGUAUCAGACUGGAACAGAUACCACAGCUGGUUAUCCAAGCAACAUUGGUCCCACAAGUCACGCACCUCCCCCUAAUGUUUCACAAAGUUUUCCAAAUCAGACGUCCCAACACGGUCACUCCCUACCCCCACUACCUGGCCAACAGCUGUCUGCUCCACCAAGUGCCCAACCUGCACCACCCCCGUUACCAGGGCAACAAUACGUGCCACCCAACCCCCUAGCUGCCCCACCUUUACCCCAACCUAGUGGGGCACCACAGGCACCCAUGACACAACCCCCUCAAAAUAAUGCAUACCAAUUCAAUGGCCCCCCGCCCACCGGUUCAAGCAUAAACCGGCAACCAGGUCCAACCCCUCAAUACCCAGGUUCGUUGCCCCAACCCAACCAACCACCUCUAUCUCAUGCAAUGGGCAGAAUGAAUUUAAGUGAUGCUGAAAGACCUAUCAACUUAAUGCAGGAAAAACGACUUCUCCCGCCACACAAGCAUGUUGAAACACCUCUUCGAUUUGAAACAACUGCUGAUCAAGGCAUGCUUGUCCCACCUAACAGAAAGAACUGCAAUCCAAGUGUUUUUUGUUCUACAUUGAAAGCUGUACCUCAUACUCAAAACCUACUGGGCAAAGUGAAGCUUCCAUUUGGUUUGAUCAUUCAUCCUUUUAAGGAUCUAAGCUCUUUACCUGUAAUAUCAGCGGGCACCAUCGUACGUUGCAAGCGUUGUCGCACGUACAUCAAUCCAUUCGUGAGCUUCUUACAGGAGCGAAAAUGGCGCUGUAACAUGUGUUUCAUGGUAAAUGACACGGCUGAGGAGUUCUUGCACCACCCGGUGACUAAAACGUACGGCGAGCCGCACACGAGACCUGAAUGUACAAACUCAACCAUCGAGUUUAUCGCACCACAGGAAUACAUGUUACGACCCCCUCAACCUGCUGUUUACCUUUUCCUAAUGGAUGUUUCACAUUCUGCCAUUGAAUCCGGUUACCUACAGAUAGUUUGCGAUUCACUUCUGGAUCAUCUUGAUCAUAUGCCAGGUGAUGGAAGGACCAGGAUAGGAUUCCUCACUUAUAAUGGGACGGUUCAUUUCUACAGACUAAGUGAAGGCCUCUCACAACCACAAAUGAUAAUUGUCUCAGAUAUUGAUGAUGUUUUUAUCCCAACACCUGAGAAUUUGCUCGUGAAUCUUCGAGAGAGCAAAUCGCUCGUCCAAGAUCUUCUACAUCAGCUCCCCCUCCUCCACACAGUGGAUGCAGAGGGAGAGAUUGACACGUAUUCAGCUCUCGGAGCCGCUCUUGAAGUGGCCAAGAAACUAAUCGGAGCAUCUGGAGGACGUGUGACUGUCUUCCAGCAAGCCAUUCCAUCUAUAGGUCCUGGGAUGUUGAAGAAGAGAGAGGACCCUAAUGCAAGAGCAGGAGAGCAAUCCACAACUGCCCUCAACCCAAGCACGGAUUAUUACAAGAAAUUAGCUCUCGACUGUUCUGCACAGCAGGUGGCCAUUGAUUUUUUCUUCUUCAAUUCUCAAUACAUCGACAUCGCCACUCUGUCUUGUGCGUCUCGUUUUUCUGCUGGUGACAUGCAUUACUACCCGUCUCUACAUACUGUGCACAACCCUAUUGAAGCGGAACGGUUAAGCAGGGACCUGGAGCGAUAUUUGAGCAGAAAAAUUGGAUUUGAAUCUGUAAUGAGAAUAAGAUGCACUAAAGGUCUCGCCAUUCACACUUUUCAUGGAAAUUUCUUUGUUCGUUCAACUGACCUUCUGUCCCUGGCGAAUAUAAAUCCCGAUGCUGGUUAUGCGGUCAAUCUUUCAAUUGAAGAUCCUCUCACUGAUUUAUCUGCUGUCUGUUUCCAAGCUGCUUUACUUUACACUACAAGCAAGGGUGAAAGGCGUAUAAGGGUCCACACGUUAUGUAUACCUGUUGUAAAAUCACCUGCCGAAGUAUUUAACAGCGUGGAUUGUGUGGCUGUCAUAUCUCUGCUUUCAAAAAUGGCUGUGGACAGAUCAGUCACUGCAUCGGUCAGUGAUGCACGUGAAGCUCUCAUGAAUGCAUUGGUUGAUCCACUGAAGGCAUACAAGGAAACACUGCCACAAGGCAUGACCACUGCAGGAGUUUACGUCCCAAAAUCUCUUAGACUGCUCCCACUGUACAUCCAAUGUUUGCUCAAACAUCGAGCUUUCCGAACCGGCAUCUCAACACGUUUAGACGAUCGAGUCUUCGCAAUGAUCAACUUUAAGAUGCAACCCGCGCUCUACCAGAUGCUGGAUUUGCAUCCGGACCUUUAUAGAGUGGACGACCUUAAUGAUGAGGGUGUGCUCACUGUAUCAGGAAGGGAAAUCCCCCAACCCCAUGUCUUACCCCUCACGGCAGAAUCUCUCUCCCAAUCCGGGGCUUUCCUGUUGGACUGCGGAUGGAAGAUGUACCUCCUUGUGGGAAGACUCACAUCUCAAUCCUUCAUCAAAGAUGUUCUUGAUUAUCCACAGUUCAGCAACAUUGAAGAGCCAUUGUCUUCGAUCCCGGAGCUUGAGAAUCCAUCCUCUGAAAUGUUUCACAGUUUUGUUGACUGGUUGCAAGAGAACCGACCACAUCAUGCUCCUAUAUCUGUUAUAAGAGACGACAGCAGAGACAGACAGCUUGUCUUAUCUCGUCUCAUACAAGACCGCACCGAGAGCUCAAUGUCCAUGCAGGAGUUCUUGAUGAAUUUACAGCAGAAACUCACAUAGUUCACACAACUUAUGCUGUAGCAAAACUUAAUUUGGAUAAAAACAUUUCACUUCACCCACUAAUCAAGCAUGUAUUGCCAAAACAAGGUGGAAAUCUAUAAAAAGACUUAUUUAAACAGAUUUUACUUGCAAUAUGUUGUGUACUUCGUAGCUGAACUGCAUUGUCUAUUAUAUAUACAUUGCAGUUGUUUUAGUCCUUUUUCUAAAGGAAGAACUGUAAAAGUACGACUAAAUUAAAUGAUAUAUAGCCAAUCAUAUCUUAAUGAAGGUAUGUAAAAGUUAUAAUCAUACUUUUCAAUUGCAUUUCCAUGUUUUGGCCCAAUAUGUCGACAUAUUUAUUUUGCAAUUGAUUUUCGAAAUAGCUUGUACAUUACAUAGCGUUGUCUUGCGUGUCAAAGUUCUGAAAAGGCGUUCAAAAUUCGUUUUUUUUUGCAUUUUUAGAAUUUUUACCAAGUGUUCUAAAUAUUAUAGCAUGUCCCCAAAGUAGCAGAACGUAUAUUAACGUUGGUACACUGGCAAACUUUUACUGUAGCUUUUCCCUAGAUCACUCUUUAAAGUUUUACAAAGGAACCGUUAGAGGUAGUUCUGCUAGAGCUACUUGCUGUUGUAUUGCCGUAUAUGUACAGAUGCUGUGCUGCUUGCUGUACUUCGUUUGCGAACAAGUUAAGUAUUUUUUGUCCCAUUUCGACUGGACGAAUGCUUUUAAACAGACCAUUCGUCUGGUAUUGGUUAUCGAAGGCUCCCAGAAUGUUCGUAUUUAUUUAAUAUUCCAGUUGCUGUGUGAUGAUGAAUAUAUUACAAUUUCCGUUGACAAACUAACUGAAAUUAAAGUUAUCGCCUCGAA